CCCAUGGAGUAAAUGCCCUCACUGAACCCUUUUGAAACUACGGGUACCCAUUUGCUUCUUUUAGGUCAGUGUCCUAUAACAUUGGGUUCUCAUUUCCUAUACAUGUGUUGAUCAACAACCUUUUGACCCUUGUCUGAUCAGCUUAGUGUUUUCCAAGAAGAGAGAGAGAAGCAAACAAAGACGCUAUAGAGAAGAGCAAGAUUAAUUAGAAAGGAGAGACUUGAAAAAGAGCCAAAUAAGUUGAUAUGGGAAGACCACCUUGCUGUGAUAAAAUUGGAGUGAAGAGAGGACCAUGGACUCCAGAAGAAGAUAUCAAGUUAGUGUCUUAUGUUCAGCAACAUGGUCCUGGUAAUUGGAGGGCUGUUCCUACAAAUACAGGAUUGCAUAGAUGUAGUAAGAGUUGCAGGCUUAGAUGGACUAAUUAUCUGAGGCCAGGGAUUAAAAGGGGUAACUUUACAGAUCAUGAAGAGAGGAUGAUAAUCAAGCUUCAAGCUCUUCUAGGCAACAAAUGGGCUGCAAUAGCUUCUUACCUUCCUGAGAGAACUGACAAUGACAUUAAAAAUUACUGGAAUACCCAUUUGAAGAAGAAGCUCAAGAAGGUCCAAACAGGGCAUGAAGAUCAGUACUCCACAGAUAGGUACUCAUCUCCACACUCAAUCUCUCGAGGUCAGUGGGAGAGAAGGCUACAAACUGAUAUCAAGAUGGCCAAACAAGCCCUACAUGAGGCCUUGUCUUUGGAGAAACCAAGCUUUGUACCUGAAUUGAAGCUCUCUAAUGAGUAUGAUGACACUUUCACUACUAGUACUAGACCAACUCAAGCAUCUACCUAUGCAUCAAGCACUGAGAAUAUAGCUAAAUUACUAAAAGGGUGGAUGAAAAAUCCACCAAAGUGUGCUCAAACAGACUCCUCAAGUACUCAAUGUUCCUUCAACAAAUCGAUGAUCGAUUCUACCUCUAGUGAAGGCACUCCAAAUGCUAAAAAGAAUAGUGGUAUUGAUAAAUCCGAGGCCUUAGAGUCGUUGAGCUCAGCGAAUUCUGAUGUUUCUAGGUCUGUGUCCCCUGAGGCCGGUCUUUUUCUAGGCGAAAGCAAACCGGAUAUUGGUGCCCAAGUCCAAUUGUCAAUGCUUGAGAAUUGGUUGCUUGAUGAAGUUACUGUGGAUGGGAAAGAAGUCUUAAACAACUUAUCAUUUGAUGAAAAUGCAGGUUUUUUUUAGAAGGAUUCAUAUUUUGAAGGCUUUGUAGCCCAAUUUAUAUUUUGUUACCUUUUGUUCUAGGCCUUAGAUAUGAAAAAUUACUCUGUUGCUUUGUAGAAAUUGAAACUCAUUGGUGUGUUAAACAAUAAAUUGGACAUUGUUAAGCUCUAUGCAUUGAAUGGAAAUAAAUUUCUUUCUUGAUCUUCUUACUUUGCUAA